GUAAUCUGUACCUGUCAUUGUUUUACGAAAGUGAAUAAUUUGUUAAAAAUAAUAUUGUAAUUAGCAUAAAUCGACUUCCAUGCAGCUGAGGAAAUGUCGUCGGUGAAAUCAGACUGUUUGAAAGAUACGGUGACAGUGUUAAUUAACGCUAUAGGCGACAGCGAUAACACUGUAAACAACGUUGUAAUUAAAUCCCUGACCAAGAUAGCCAAUGUGCAUCCAAAUGAAGUGAUCGAAAUAUUUUGCGAGUUCUACCGGAACACGGUCAAAUCUAACGUGACGCAGCUGGGCAAUAUUGUAAAAGUCUUAGAACAGACAUGUGUGAAUCAAGUGAAGAAGUUAGAUCAGAAGGUAGCAGGGGAGCUGGUAAAUGCAAUGCUGCGUGCAAUGACAGAGAAUCCAUCCUACGAACCCAUUGUACAGAUGGGUGCUUCAGCUGUACUUGUUGCUAUAAGCCAUGAGUACCUGGAUCUGGUACUUCGCUCGCUCAUCAAUCAAAUGACUCCAGCGUCGUUGCCGCACUAUACUAUCGCACACACGCUGGGUACAUUAUCCGCGGUCAACACUCACGCAGUGGUGCCACACGUCAAGGAGAUCCUGUGCAAAAUGCUACCAUUGCUUCCACUUGUCAAACCAGAUGGAGUAAAACAAGCGUUUGCUUAUGCAUUUGGUCAUUUCGCAGUCGCAGUAUCUGAACAAAUAGGCGACAACGUUGAAAAUGAUAACAUAACGUCAAUUAAGGAAAAUUUUGUAACGGAAUUUUCAAUAGUCUUCGACGUGCUAUACAACCAAUGGCUACCCUCGCAUGAAGCUAAAGUAUCAGAAUCAGUACUUGAAGCGUUAGGUCCUAUUACCAGACUUAUACCAGAAAGACAAUUUAACGAGACAGUAAAUAAGUUUGUAUUAUCACUACUAUCAUUAUAUCGCAAGCCAAUAAUAAAUUUCUACUGCAUUAGUCAGUGCAUAUCCUACCUUCUGUCACCUUCGCCUCUAAAUCCGAAGCUUACACUAAACGAAAGUGUCAUAAAUGCAAUCAAUAGUGUAAUGUUUAAUCUAGUUCUUUUGGAGCCAGAUUACGACCAACCGCACACUGUUAAAAAUCAUUUUGAGGUUCUACGAUGUUUUGACCAUAUGGCAGGACAGUUCCCAGAUCAAACAGUUGAGAAUUUGCUACACCACUGCAAAAACAAUCAAGAGAAAGAAAGAAUGAAGGCUGUAAUAAUCUUGACCCAUUUAACAACAUCAUCUCAGACGUUUAUUGAAAAUUUUGCUCCAAAAUUCGUAUCCAUUUUGAAGGUAAUGACAACAAUGGAGCAAGGUAUCAAAAUGAAAAAGCUCCUAGUUAAAGCUAUAGUCGGCCUUGUUUAUAGAAAUUGUAUUAUGGCUCCAGAAGAUUUUUCCAUGGUGGAGUUUAUAAUAAAACAUUGCAGUUACGAAGGACCGCCGAAUGUAUCUAAAGCCGAAAUCAUGGACUUGCACGACACUUGUAAAAGUUCACUUAUUCUGAUGUGCAAUACAGUUACAAGUGUACGGACUCAAUUAAGGAACUUGUUACUAACUGCUCUAACUGUAGAUGACUUCACUAAUUCCAUGUCCACAGUGUGUCACUGUUUAACUUCUUUAUUGCAAAAUAAUUCAGAUGUUAUCGCCGAUGAACAGUCUGAUAAGGCAAAUGACUUCCAAUGCUCGCCAGAUUUAGUUUUCAUCCGAUGUUUAACCUAUAUAGUCGAUCCCGACCAGCCUGAUAUCAACAAAAAUUUGCUCAUAUUUCUGGAAGAAUUUUCUGGUGAUGUGCAUAAGAAUUUGAAAAAUUCUUGGACCAUAGAAAUUCAGAGAUUGUUGAAAUUCGUAGAGAAGAAUGAAUCGAAAGAGCAGUGGCAUGGAAUGCUUUUGGAUCUUUUAGUUUCCGCUGUAGAACAGGUCAACAGCAAUAAAUGGGUGGAAACGAUAUCAACAUUGAUAUCUCAACAAGUUCUCACCAAAAAACAGCCACCUAUGAUAAAAGGAGUAUCUUUGCAAUAUUUAGCAAUUCUGUCCUGCCACAUGACUAAUGCAGCAAUCAUUGAAUCCGUUCUCAAGAUUAUAUUAUUCGCUCUCAAAUCAAUUCCAAUGGAAAGUGUCGAUUAUGUUAGUAAAGCUGUAGGUAUUGCAUCGAGAGAGCAUGGCGAAUUUGUCUUGAAUGAGAUCGAUGCAACUUAUAAAGAAAAUGAAGGAAGACGUGGAAAUAAGUUGCUUAACUUUUUAUCAUCUAGAUCAUCAAAAACAGAAGCCGAAUUGGGUGUUGUUAAGUACGCAGUUAUAACCUGUUAUGGAAAAGUAGCACGUGACUGUCUUGAUGUACACGUUCUUGCUAGAUUAGGAGACAAUGUUACAUCGAUUCUUUUCGAAAUACUGAAAACAAAUCCACCUUUUGACUUGUGCAAGGCUAGCGUCACAACACUUUACGAGAUUGGUAAAGCGUUAUACCCAGCUUCGCAUCACAAUGUGACUUUGAGAAACCGUUGGCAAUUACUGAAUGCAGUUUUAGAACAGAUAUAUAAUAAUAACCUUGAAAAACGCAAUGUUGAAUUGUAUCCAAUUAUAGUUAAAGCUUCAAAAGCAUUAACGAAACUACAAAAGGGGAUAUUGCCUGAAGAAAGAAAUACGAUAUUAAGAGUUCUGUUUAAUAGUAUAUUCGGUGAACUUUCAUCUUUCAAAAGAAAAUACGAAAUCGAGCGAAAUGAAUAUAAGAACGAUUUACUAGCUAAGACACUAAAUGACUCUUUGAGCCUCUUGCACGAAUUAAUAAGGGAGUUAAUUAUCCAAUCGACCUGUUUAAGUACGAUAGACGAUAUAGUGACUUUGUUAUUCGAAUGGAUUCGUCACGAGAACGACGAGAUUCGGACAGCUGCCAUGUUAAUCGUGCAAGUGGUAUUUGACGCUUAUAUGAAGAAUGUGAAAUUAAAUUACGAAACACCAAGUAAAUUUGGUCAAAUGGGAUAUCUGCUUGGAGUUUUCGCCCCUGGAGUUGCUGAUACAAACUUUCCUGUACGAUUAAGCACUGUCGAUUGUAUCAAACUGAUUAUUCAAAUACAAGACUUGUACGAAGGUCAUACUAUAGAACCUGAUGAUGAAUGUAUGGCAAAUCUAUCCCAUUUGCAGAACAAUAUACUAACCAAUGAUUUGAACAUGAUAAGUGAUUAUUGUACGAAAUUGUGUGAUACAAUUUCGCCGAAAAUACCUCAUUUGCACACUAUGCAGUUUAUCGAAAGUUUGUUACAAGGUUAUGACAACCAGGAAUUCAGAAGUGUUGGGAUCAGUUCGCUUCUAGAUGCCUUCAUCGUAAAGAAAGGGCAGGAUCUGUUUCAGAGUAUAGAGAGAAUUGUGGAAGUGUUGUUGCUGACGAUGGAUGAAGUUAAUGAUGAAGCUCGUGUUCGGCUCAUGAGGCCUCUGACGUCACUCACGAGGCAUCACUCUAAUGCUGUCACUGCUGUUUUAUUAGCGCAGAAGAUUCCUUUGAGGCCAUGUGUCUUAGCCAGUUGGCGAUACUUAGCUCGUGAUGAGAGCCUUUCAUCGGCUAUACUCGAUAACUUCCUACGACUGAUGACAUCCAUUGAAUUAUACGAGGACCCGUACCACAUCACGGAAAACCACAUAGCGGCGUUACAGCCUUUAACUCUAAUCAGUGCAUUAGGAGAAAUGCUGCAAGAGGAAACGAUGCGAACAAUAUGUCUGGCCAAGUUCGCGGAUCUAUUCGCUGUACUAUACACGACUGUCGCGUGCUACAUAGAAGCCGAGGCUCCGGCUUACUCCGUGCCCUCGAACAAGGGGCAGGAGAGAUUCGGCUUCAUUCCUAACCGCGAGGCGUUUAAAUUGUCGCCGGCGAAAAUAACUAUUAACACUUUCAAUUCGUUUUUGGAAAGGGCUGAUUGUUACAAGGUGAAAGAAGCGUGUUCAUUAUGUCUGACGAUAGAACACGGGGACUGUUCGGCCACACUGCUAGAGUUGGCGCCAAUAUUGGGCGGAGCUCUAUCACGUUCAUGUCCAGGACAGUUGGCAAAGCUUGUGGGACGAUUGGGCCAAUACUCACGCUCUGCUCUGCCGCCACAAAGAUGUGCUUCCCUUGCAUUAUUGGCGGACUUACUAAAUUAUAGGUGCAAUGAUAAUCCAGUCCUUGUAGAAUCGGUAUUAGCUACCCUUAAUACUGGUUGGAAGGACGAAGAUCCACGCGUGAGGGCGGCCUGUCUUCGAGGCGCGGCCAACGUUGGUCAGCUGAAGGACCAACACCGCGCCCAAGCCUUGCCAGCCGCGUUGGCUGCGCUUAGCCAAGGAAUCGAUGCUCAGAAAACUCAGUCACCAAUAGACAACGUGCCUCUAGCUGCAAUCCACGGACUAAGCCGCCUACUCACUGAGACAGAUAAAAUAGAUAAAGAAUUCGAUCGCGAACUCGUGUCGAUCUCACAAAAGAUACGUCCAUUCAUGAACACCGAUUGUGCGCUACUGAGAGAGAAUUCUAUAAGGCUUUUUGGUAUCAUAGUCGGGAUGGUCAAGUCUGAUGCCUUGGUCGAGCAGGCUGUUGGAUCCCUGCCUUGUUUUUUGCUGCACUUGUGCGAUAACAGUUCCGCUGUUGUUAGGGCCUCCAAGUUCACUCUCCGCCGCGUUUUCAAAACGUUCAACGUUAAAAAGUCGAAUGAUUUCGUCCAAACUCAUCUCGUGGACGAAGGCCGGCUAUAUCUGGACGAGUUCCUCUGGGCGUUGAUACGUCAGCUGGCGGACGAGAUGCCAAGUUGCGUGGUGAAGUGUUUGCACAGCGCCGUUAACUACCUGCAUUGUGCGAGGGACGAGAUCAAACCGCACGCCGCUUUACUGUUGGGUGUUCUAUACUCAGAACUUUACCGUAUAAGAGAAAAAUAUCCCGAAGACACCGAACUGGACCCCGACAUAACUCGCAGUGCGCGCACACGUCUCCUAACGCUCAUCAAAGAGCCGAGCGCACAAGUGCGUCAAAACGCAGCGAUGGCUCUCGCGAACAUAUGUCUUGUGUCCGCGAUGGACGGAUGACCGGGACGGAAUACGAUGAGGAUGAUUGCUAUGGACGACGGCAGCUACCUUGUCCGGAUCACCAAAAGGGACCUGGCUCAAAUUAACCGACUGAGGAAACUAAAAAACUUUUAAUCCGAUCCUUAGUGUCCGUAUAACCAAAAGGGAUCUGACUUUAAUAAACCUUUUAAGGAAACAAAAGAAUUUACGUCUUAUGACAAAUCGAAAAGUUUUAAUCUUUACUUAUGUACAAUUAAAGUCAAAAGUUGGUGAGUAAAACUUAACAAUUAUUACCCGCAACCGUGAGUUUUGACGAUUUGUUAUAUUCGAUAAUGGUUUUUUUAUGACGUAAGUGUCUACCAUGCGGAAUGCAUUCGAAUAGCUAGGUCUAAAUGAGAAAUCGAAAAGUUGAAAAGUUUUUAAUGAAAUUGAUGAGUUAUUUUUCCAAUUUUGGACGAUUUGUUAAAUUCGAUAAUGUUUAUUUUUUUAUGACGUAAGUGUCUACACACACAGACUGCAUAAUAAUUGCUAUAGCGAUCCGCUUAUCUAUCCUUUCAAUACAGUUGCAGUGACCUUAAAAUAAGAUAUACUUGUUCGCAAUUGAGGAAUCGUUUUCGAGUUUAAAAACACUUGAACAUCCAAAUAAAAUGUAUUUUAUCUGCAUAGAAUUAAAGCUCAAAUUUGAAUGGAAUUCUUUAACUUAAUUUUCGACACAACUGGAUACACAGGUUUUACGACUCUAUAACGAGUAUAGCUAAGUCCAUUUUAGUUUGACAAAACCACUCUUCCAUUGCGAGCGUUUCAACUGCAUAACAAAAUGCAGCUAUCGUACAGUCGAUAGAACUGCACGCUGACGUGCGGACUUAGUCGGUUUGCAUUUUUGAUGCAGUUAUGCCAACCGCACAAAAACUGCAACCAAACUGCAAAUUUGCAGUUGGCGUGCAGUUAUAAUGCAGUCAGAGUCAGAAGGCAUGUAAUUAUGUAUACAUGCAAAGUAUGUAAUAGGUAGAUUGUAGUUUUAUGUGACCUAAAAGGAGUAACAUUCCAUUGUAAAGUCGCAGUGAAAAUCGAUUCUUAUGUCAUAGUAUAGACUACGAUUGUUAAAAUCUUAUAUUGUUUUGAUGUUUGUUUUUCAGAAAAUUAAAGCGAUUGAUGAUGGAAUUUAAUUUUUUUUUCAAUUUAUUCUGUAUUAUUGUUGAAAUUAUUUGAUAUGAAAUUAUGAAUGUAAAUCCAAAUAUGUUGGCUCAUUACUUAUCUUGGUAUUAUAUUGACCAAUUUAUUAUAUUUUUAUUUAAUAUAAUUCGUCAUUUAGUUAAGUUUUCAAAAAUUAUUAAACUUUGACUGUGGAAUAAAUUUGACAUUUGCUGUAUGUGAUAUCUGUCUAAUAUAUGCUAUAGUUAGAUUAUCUAGCGAUUGAAAAGUCCCCAGAAAAUGUAUUUACUAAACAUUAACUAUAAUUCAUUUAUAUCUCGAUAUUGUAAAGACGUCAAUACACCAGCGUUAGGCAUGUAUUUUAUUUAGUUUUUAUAAUAAACUAGCUGUCACGGCGAACUUCGUACCGCGAAUCUUUCUUUUGAUGAAUGUAAUAUUUUAAUACUCACUAGCUGACCCCUGCAACUUCGUCUGCACCAAAUCGGUUAUUACCGGAAAACACGAAUAAAAUGACAUUUUUUAAAAAUGAAUCCUAGCUCUAGAUCUAUCACCCCCGAAACCCCCGUGUACUAAAUUUCAUGAAAAUCGUUGGAGCCGAUUCAGAGAUUCCAAUUAUAUAUAUAUAUAUAAUAAUUGCUCGUUUAAAGAGAUAAGAUUAUCGUAUUCCGGACUAUGAGAAAACCAAAAAAUCAAAUAUCAUAAAAUUGGUCCAGCCGUUCUCGAGUUAUAAAUGGUGUAACUAACACAACUUCCUUAUAUAUAUAUAUAUAUAUAUAUAGAUAAGUUACCUUUUUAUUAUUAAAUAUAUACAUUAUACAUGUUAUGGUGUGUCUAUACUACACGAGCAGGGCCUUAUUAAAAAAACGUGGAAAUGGCGAAAAAGUUUUGCACAUGCGUUAAAAUAUUACAAAGUUUAGACCAACCUCAACCACUGUAACAUUGCCUUAUAUAUUAAUAAAGUAUUUAAUAGAAAUUAAUUAUAAAAAUUCAAUUAGUCAUGUUUCUAGUUAGAUUUUUAAUCGCUGUUUAUUGAUAAAUUCUUAGAGAUGUAAUUUGAAUGAAAUAAAAAAAUAUUUUUGCAAUUUCAAAUAGCAGGCUUACACACCUUCAAGUCCACUGGCCAAUGUGUAAUAUCACAUAAUGACAAACGAUCCAAUUUACUCGAUGGCGUGUGUAGGCCCUUAUCGAUAGUUUUUUUAUUAAUAUUAUUGGGCAUAGGUCUAAGAAAUGUAAUCUGUAAUUAUUAAUGAAGUCGUUUUGCUUUAGAACUGUACAUUUUUACUGUGUAAUAGACGGCUGAUCGCGGCCAGUUGGCAAUAUUUCAUUUCAGUCUUAGUGCAAUAUUUCAUCAUCAUCAUCAUCAUCAUCAUCAUCCGUAGCCUAUUAACGUCCCACUGAUGGGCACAGGUCUGGUCUCUAAUAGAAGGCACGGUUUUAGAGCAUAGACCCACCACGCUGCUUCAAUGUCGGUUGGUGGGCUUCAACGACCAUUACCACAGUUAUGUGAUAAUAACUGGGACCGACAGCUUUACGUGCUCUCCGAGGCGCUGGGAGUACAAGAUUUGUUCGGUCGCAAUCGAAGAGUCGUUUUCGAGUAUGGAAAUACUUUAACAUCGGAGUAAAUUGGAUCUUAUUUGGAAAGAGUUAAAGCUCAAAUGAACCUACAAUUCUUAAGCUCCGGCUUUU